AUGACAGCACGAAGACGUCUAGGGUACGCGUCGAUGGUUGCACGCAGGUAAUCUGGCGACAAAGUGUCUCAUUCCUAGACCAGGGUCUUCUUCAGGGCCUCGAUACUCGAGUGGGGUUUGACGUUGACCUUGUUUUGCAAAACCCCAGAAGGAGUAGUCCAAAGGAUUGAGGUCUGGUGAAAACGGUGGCCGUUAGUCCUUCGGGAUGAACGCAGGCAAAUGGGUCUCGGACCACUGUUGCGACAACUUGGCUGCGUGUGCUGGAGCACCGUCUUCUUGGAGCAUCCAGGGACGUCUAUUGAAGUCCUUCUGAGUCCAGGGGAAGAAGUGUCUUCUUCAAAAUCUCCGAAAUGUAGACUUCCUUGUUGA